AUGCUUUCACCACGAGUACUCAAAAGAAAUCGUUCGUUAGAAGACGUAGAAAAUGAUCCCGAUAUUUCUUGGGUCGUCGACAAAAAGCUCAAGGCGACGUCGCCUGCAGAAAAGCCUUCGAAGGUAGUAUUUUGUAUUAUUCUCGUUUAAAAUGGUUUCCUAAGGAGUUGACAUCACCGAUUCAUCGUGAAACGCUCGUUGAAAAGAGUUUGGGUGCUUUCAAUACUUUCCCAAGACAGAAAGAGGCUUUGGAAGCUUUACAAAUUUCUCGGCGAGUUUUCAACGACGGCAGAAUCUUCAGCUAUGAGGUCGGCGACGAGGAAAAUCACACAGGUUUCAAAAAUUAUAUAUUUGGAGUUUGGAUUGAUCGACAAUAGGAGCCCGGAAUUAUGUUGUCACGACACUAUGCCGUUUCUGGCCGUAUUAUAGCGAAAGAGAGGAGGCUCACAUGUACGAGUUGAUCUUGGAAAACACGCCUUGCAGAUUAUAUUUCGAUUUGGAAUACUCGAAAGAAACAAAUCCAGACGCCGAUCAUUUGGUUAAAAUAUCUACCAAGUUUUUCAAAAUUUAAAAGCUUUUAAGGUAGUUCUGAACCACUUUUUCGGAUGCGUAGACACGAUUUUGGACGAUAUGUUCCUCAUCAACGUCUCCAAGAAAGUUUAUUUUCCAUUCCAAUCGAAGUUUAAGUAGAUUCUUAGAACUUUCUUCUUUUGGAUUCAUCGAAUGAUCGCAAAUUUUCUUGUCAUGCGAUUUGUCAUUUGCCUGAAAAUUUGUUAUUUCCAUCCAAUGUGAGUUUCUAAUUUUCCUUCUUGUAUGAUCAACAGUUAAGACAUCCAUGCGUCCUUUUAUCAAGUCUCUCUCCGAAGAGCUGCUGAAAGAACCUCCGAUUCGUUUGAUGAAUAAAGACACUAAGGUGACUAUAGUCCCAGAAAGUUCCUUCGCAGGUGUUUGAUGGUUUAAAAAAAUGUUUUCAGGAGAUAACGGUCAUGGACAGUGCAGUUUACUCAAAGAAUCGAAAUUUCCGUUUAUUUUUGUCUUCUAAAUUGGGAAAAACAAGAGCCCUUGUCUUAGCUGAUUAUUGUACAUUUUAUGGUUAGUAUGGAAGAAUAAAAAAGUUAGACUAAAUUUGGACUGAAGUGUUUAGGAAUUAAAAAGCCCACCAAACGAGAAAUCUUUUACGAUUCUCUCUGUGUUCCUGAUGACUUUGACAGAUUCAAGCUUCUUCCAGUGGAAGUACCUUCUUCUGAGCCGCUCACAGCGACUUCUUCUUCACUAAAAUUCAAAGAGAAAGGUACUUAAAAAAAGGAAAAACAUUCUUGAUAAUAUUUUUAGAAGAAUUUUCCAAUGGAAGCUCGCCCUACCCUGAUCUUGACGACUUCAUGCUCGAAUUCGUUUUUUUCGGUCCUUCCAGGGAAAAAUAUUUUAUUAUUCUAAAAAUUCCAGAAAACGAAACUGUUCGGCGUACAUUCGUCAGUGGAAAUUGUUGGAAGAAAAUGGGAAACCAAAGUCAAUUAUUUAUUAUGUCGGUUUUGUGCCAAAAUUGUCAUACCUCAUUCUUUUUGUCAGCCUGCUAAUUGUCGUUACUGCUUCAACAUUCGAAGAGAGCACAAAAGCAACGGAACUUAUUGGACAGUUGACUUUGAAAAGUAUUCACUAAAAAAAAAAACAAAGAACAAAAUAUCUUUUAGGCGCGAGUUCUACCAAAAAUGCUUUGAUCCGGAGUGUCGAGGAACUUCUUCCAAUCACUUCCCACUGCCAAAGUUUGUGACCAGUAUAGGUAAGGAUCGAAAAGACACUUUAAUUGUAAAAUAUGAGUUUAGACAAACGCGAAGAAGAAGAAGAAGAAGAAGACCCCGAGAAAGCACUUGAUAAAAUACGUUUUUUCAACGACUGGGACUCAUUGUUUGAACAAUAG